CAGAAAGAUACCCCACGGACCCCCCCUCAGCAGCUGCCGCCGCAGUCGCAGCCGAGUACAUUUCAAACCUCGCGGGAGGCCUCGGAAGCCAAUCGCUGCGCUCGCCCUCCGACCCGGAAGCAGAGCCGGCGCGCGUUGCAGCAGCCCGCAUCGAAGACCAGCUUGCCUCUGGUCGCUUCCCGGCGCUCUGCGUUUCGACCUUGUCCAGUAGAAGGCUAUUGAAUUUUUACAACUGCUUGAAUUUUGACAUACAAGAUGAAGCAAGAUGCCUCAAGAAAUGCUGCCUACACUGUGGAUUGUGAAGAUUAUGUGCAUGUGGUAGAAUUUAAUCCCUUUGAGACUGGGGAUUCAGGAAACCUAAUUGCAUAUGGUGGCAAUAAUUAUGUGGUCAUUGGCACGUGUACGUUUCAGGAAGAAGAAGCAGACGUUGAAGGCAUUCAGUAUAAAACACUUCGAACAUUUCACCAUGGAGUCAGGGUUGAUGGCAUAGCUUGGAGCCCGGAGACUAGACUUGAUUCAUUGCCUCCAAUAAUCAAAUUUUGUACUUCAGCUGCUGAUUUGAAAAUUAGAUUAUUUACUUCAGAUCUUCAAGAUAAAAAUGAAUAUAAGGUUUUAGAGGGCCAUUCAGAUUUCAUUAAUGGUUUGGUGUUUGAUCCCAAAGGUGGCCAAGGAAUUGCAAGUGUGAGUGACGAUCAUACCUGCAGGAUUUGGACCUUGGAAGGAGUGCAGACAUCUCAUUUUGUUCUUCAUUCUCCUGGCAUGAGUGUUUGCUGGCAUCCUGAGGAAACUUAUAAGCUGAUGGUUGCAGAGAAGAAUGGAACAAUCCGGUUUUAUGAUCUUAUGGUUCAACAGGCUAUUUUAUCUCUUGAAUCAGAACAAGUGCCAUUAAUGUCAGCACACUGGUGCUUAAAAAACACCUUCAAAGUUGGAGCUGUUGCAGGAAAUGAUUGGUUAAUUUGGGAUAUUACUCGGUCCAGUUAUCCUCAAACUAAGAGACCUGUUCACAUGGAUCGAGCCUGCUUAUUCAGGUGGUCCACAAUUAGUGAAAAUCUGUUUGCAACCACUGGUUAUCCUGGCAAAAUGGCAAGCCAGUUUCAAAUUCAUCAUUUAGGACAUCCUCAGCCCAUCCUCGUGGGUUCUGUACCCGUUGGAUCUGGCCUCUCCUGGCAUCGAACUCUCCCUCUGUGUGUAAUUGGAGGAGACCACAAGCUGUUGUUUUGGGUGACUGAAGUAUAAAGUUUUCUCUGUACCUUAGAGUCACAAACUUUGUAUUUUUAAUACACAUUUUGAAGAAUUUCUUAUUUUUAUAUCAAAUAUACUGUAUACUUUAGAAAAUGUCUCAGUUGCUUUUAUUACAUAAAAUGUUCAUGGUUUGAAAAAUUAUUUUCCUACUCUGUUCUUUGUGUGUAUACAUAUAUAUCUUUUUUAAUCGUCUUAUAAAACUAUAUAUUGACUCAGCAGCUCGGCUCCAGAGAAGAGAUGACUAAGGAAAAGUAAUGCUUUUGAGUUUAUCAAAAAAGGAGUAUUCAAAGUGUAUCCUGUCUUCUAUACUUUGAGUGUAGAAUUCUAAUUCUCAGGGUCACAAACAUAUCAAAAGAGAAUAAAGUCAAGGUGCAGUGGCUCACACCUGUAAUCCCAAUACUUUGGGGGGCUGAGGGGGGUGGAUCACUUGAGGUCAGAAGUUUGAGACCACCCUGGCCAACAUGGUGAAACUCUAUCUCUACUAAAAAAAUACAAAUAAAAAAAUUAGGCAAGCAUGAUUUGAGAGGCUGAGGUAGGAGAAUCACUUGAACCUGGAAGGCAGAGGUUGUAGUGAGCCAAAAUCGUGCCACUGCACUGCAGCCUGUGUGACAGAGCGACACUAUCUUAAAAGAAAAAAAUCUCUUAGGGUACUCUGGAAGUGGUUGUUGAGUAUAUAUAUGUGUAUGUAUACUCAAUGUAAAAAAUGGUCUUUAGUUUCUUAAAUAUGUAAUUGAUUAUAUUCCUCAACUCUGCUUAUGCAGAUUCCUUUGGACUAGGUGUGUUAACAGCCUUAGAACAUCUGAAAUACGGGAUAAAACUUACCUUGAAAAAUGACUUGUAGUGGAUGCCUUUUUAACAGCCUCUUUUAUGAAUCUUCACUGUUCUUACCAAGAAACUCAAAUGUUUUUGAGCUGGGACCUAGUGGCAAUGGAACUGUAUUCACCCUCUCAAAAAUCAUUAAAAAUCAACAUUACCUAAGACAGCUGUAUCACAUUUUUGGGAUACAUCAUGAUACGGACAGAAGCAUAUAAAAUUAUGGUUCUGCUUAUCAGUCAUGUAUAGAAUUCAAUACAUUUUGACAAACUGUCCAUUCCUGUAAGUUAAUGCCCUCUCUGUAGCUUCAUCUCCUCUUACAAAAUGCAAAUAGAAAUCAUUGUUUUGUGGAGUUGCUGUAAGGAUUAAAUAAAGGUGAAAGAAAAUA